AAAAAAAAGAAAACGAGAAAACAAGAAAAAAUGAUGCAGCUCCGCUCACUUCUACUACUACUGUCGUGUUUCCUCGCACCGGCGGUAAAAUCGCAGACCUGCGGCGGUACCUAUCGCGGUUUUCAAUACACGAUCGCCAGUCCAAACUACCCGCGCGGCUACCCCGAGAGCCUGGAGUGCACGUACCACCUGCAAGCCGACCAAUCGACCGAUUGCGAGCAGGACUUUCACCUGCAGUUCCAGGACUUUGACGUCCGGCCCUCGGACGAUUGCAGGGACGAUUAUGUGCGAGUCGGCGAUCGAAGCGUCUUUUGCGGCGCCGUCACCGGACUUCGCAGCUUCACUGGCGCGAAAAACAACAGCCUGACCAUCCGAUUUCACUCGGGCGCCACAAAGGGCCCCGCCAGGGGCUUCAAAAUACUCGUCAUGGCCAUUCCCUGCUCGUUGAAGCUCAGCACCCGACCCAGAAACCACGCAAACGACGUGGGUGCGCUGUCCUCGGAAGCCCAUGGGUCGCAGGAUCAGAUCCGGAUAACCCCGUACUUGUUUUUGCCUCCAACCGAGAGGCAAAACCAUACCGAUCUUUUGGAUGAAGCGUCGACGUCGCUCCCGAUGGAGCUGCGGCCCCCGAGUCUCGAGGCGGUCGCCUUCCGGCCCUCGGAGCACCUCGUGUCCUGGGACAAGAGCUCGACGAGGGGCCUGCACACCGAGUCCCUCUUCGACCCGCAACUUGGACCCGCGAGUUGCGACAAAGGCGGGGACCCUCAAGGGCAACCGGUCGAGUACAACGCCGAGAGCGCCAAUCUCCGCAACAACUACUACCCGCAGGACGCCAGCAGGCUGGGCUCGACCGCGAAUCUCAUCUAUGACCCGCACCGGGGCCUCUACCAGCAGCAAUCGGGCUACAACUACCUUGGCUAUCCCACCAGCUACCAGAGCCUCAACACCUACAACCCGUAUCAGUCCACCUUCAACCCGUACAACCCUUGGAACAGCCCUGGGGGCUACCUCGGCUCGCGGAGCGGCGAGUGUUGCAGGUUACCGACGGCCAGUCGGCGCUUCCUCCUCUCCAGUCCCGGCUUUCCCGGGAGCGUCUCGAAUACCUACGCCUGUCGCUACACCAUCGCCAAAGCCUCGCCCGACGUCUGCCGGCUGCGCCUGAACCUUCGGUACUUCAACUUUGGAGCCGACUCCGGGCUUUACUGUAGCCACGGCCACCUGGAGAUCGACGGUAGGCACCUGUGCGGCUGCAGGACCGGCCAAACCCUGCAGCUCCCGUUCGCCGAGCCCUACGCCAAGCAGCUCUCCGUCACCUUUCGGGGCUACCCGAGAAACAACUUUGCCGGCUUCCUCGUCGACGUCGUCCAAGAGUCAUGCGGAUACAGCUCCGGCUACUACCCCACCCGCUCCUCCUACCCUUGCGCAAACUCGGGCUACCCGUGCACCGGUGUCCAACCCUACGACCCGACCAACCCGAUUUACUCGCCGUACCUGCGACGCCGACAGGAUCUGGAGGCCGUUGCCUCACCGUCCAACUCAUCCACCGUGGGACCGCGGGCCAAGAGGGACCUUGGCUAUUAUUACCCAAAGCCGAGCGUAAGCUUCGAGGAUAGCGGCGAGGCCGACGUGAUCACCGCGGUCGGGUAUCAGCCCCGGGAUCGGUUGUUCGGGGGCAACUGUCAAAGCCGCGUGCUGCUCGACUGGGUCGUGGCGUCCAAGGAGGCCGCCCUGAGGAGCGCCAGGUGCGAGAGGUUUGGGAUCUACAGGUCGGCCAGCGACCGCUCGGACUCGGGUGGCUGCGAGGAAGUCGCGGCUAGUGGAGGAUCGUUAAGGUCACCCGAGCGCCACAACGCUGGGAUCGACAAAUGCUGGAGAUUUAACGGGGCUGGCGGCGCUUGCAAGCUGGAAGUUCGUUUGGAAGACUUUGGGCUGGAAGAGGAAUCGAGCCAGGGGUGCGAGAGAGAGUACUUGUCAUUCAGCAACGAGGACAAGCGGUACUGCGGGAGCUCGCUGAACAACCAGAAGCGGGUAUUCGAUCUGAGGCAAAUGGGUGCCGUGGACAUUCGCUUCGUCUCCGACUCGCGGGAGGCCGGAAGUGCUUUCAACAUCGUUUUCUCGCAACAGCCGUGCGCAAACUGAGGAGCGAGUCUUUCUUCAAAGUUGCACGCUGGACCUAUUCUUUUUUCUUUGUUUUUGUCGAGUCGUGACGAAAUACUUGCUCGAGACGUUUCGCAAUGUUUCGUUUGCUCGAGUAAAG